AUGAACAAUUUGAUAGGAUUGGACCUUCAUGGCAACCAAUCUAGUACUCCAUUUAUAAACUCUCACCUUUAUGAGUGCGAUGAGUGCGAGCAGAGUCCUGCUCAACUGAGUUGCGACGACUGCGAUCUAGUGUAUUGCGUCCAAUGUGACGCCCACAAACACCGCAAAGGAAAACUGCAAUUACAUCAGCGAGUGCUAAUAAAAAGAAAGAGAAUCGAAACCUUAGAACUUGAAGAAUCUGAGGAGGAAGCUGAAGAUUCCAUUGUCAAGUGGAAAAUCUGUGACGUGUGCGACUGGCUAGAAGCGCACGACUUGAAGUUGUUUGCGGUGGAGGCACAACGACAGAAACUCACUGGAGCAGAUCUACUAGCUCCUAAUGGAAUCGAUAAGAUCUUAGAUGCUGUGACGGAGGCUAGUCGUGGGCACAAAAAGAAGUUGCAGAGAGAAGUUCACAAGCUUCAAAAUUCGGUAAAAAGCUCACCUUUUGAGGACAAAAUGUUGCCAGAACCUGCACCUUCGCCACCAAUAGAUUCUGCUAAGAACUCGAUGCGGCAGCUUAAAUGUGAUUUACGUAAUGAUGUUAAGUCCGUGGUAAGUAAAGCACCUCGACGUCGUGCUCCGGGACUGAAUUUGGUGGGUAUCGGUCCAUUGAGGAUUGACGUGGAUGAAGAUGAUCGUUUAGCAACCAUAGCUCCAAAACAAAGCAGAGGUGGUAGACAAGUUUUACGUGGUCUAGAACUGGAUAUUGCACAGGUUAAUACGGAGGAGAAGACAGUAGCUGCAUCCUUUGAUUUCUCUGCAACUGGAAGACUGCAGACCCAAGGUUUUGAGAUUAAUACACGGGGUAUCGCUAAUGUGCCUUUCGCAAGACCACAGCAGGACCGAGCACAAGACAAACAGUCUGUAUCAGCUCCGGAUACACUUAGUACGAAAGACUACUUGCUGCUGCUCGAGGAACUUGGUCAUGGGGCUAGUGGAAAAGUGUACAAGGCACUGUACAUGCCAACAUUUAUAUUGGUUGCUGUAAAGGUCAUUCGCGUGUACGAUCAGAAAAAGCGUCAUCAAAUGGUGCGCGAACUCAAGUCACUAUACGUAAAUUUUGUACCGCUGAUAACUGCCACUUUCCCAUCAUCUCCCGCUGCGACAUCAUCAGGUACACAAGCAGCAUGCGCAGAACUUGUAGUCUUCUACGACGCGUACACAAAUCCUGAGGUUGGUUCCGUAUCAAUUGUUCUCGAGUACAUGGACGGAGGGUCUCUGGAAGAUUAUUUGCAGUCUUUUACCGAAAGCAAUGAAGAAAAAGCGAAAUACUUGUCCGAAAAAAAAUUGCAAAUGCCAAGUCAAGAUAUCAGACUUCGGUAUCUCUCGCGACCUCGAAAGCACUUUGGCCAAGGCGACGACGUUCACGGGCACGCUUUUGUACAUGGCACCUGA